AUGACAUCACUACUAGUGUUUCGUCAUGGAGAUGUUGAUGCAGCAAUAUUCUUUUGCCUACUCUCAAAUUUUAUAUUAGGAUUUAAUGUAAGAAUCAGUGGUCAAGACGUCGGCCGUGCUACGUUUAGUCAUCGCCAUGCUAUGCUAGUAGACCAGAAAUCCGAUCACAUUUAUAAACCACUUAACCACAUGACAGACACUCAAACUGGUUUCUUAGAGCUUGCAAACAGUUCAUUAUCAGAAAUGGCCAUUCUUGGUUUUGAAUAUGGAAUGAGUAUAGAGAAUCCCAACUCACUCAUCAUAUGGGAGGCACAGUUUGGUGACUUUUUUAAUGGAGCACAGAUUAUCAUUGAUACGUUUGUGACUGGAGGAGAAAGUAAAUGGUUACUACAAAGUGGACUGGUUAUGCUGCUACCUCAUGGUAUCGAUGGCGCUGGGCCCGAACACUCAUCAUGUCGUAUGGAAAGAUUUCUGUUACAGUGCGACAGUAAAGAAUACGGUAUAGACGGUGAUGAUAUUAAUAUACAAAUUGUGAAUCCUACAACACCAGCGCAAUAUUUCCAUUUGUUGCGAAGACAGAUGAUCCGCAAUUAUCGUAAACCAUUGGUUGUUGUUGCUCCAAAGAUGAUUCUAAGACUGGCAGCUGCAUCGUCUAGUCUUAAUGAUAUGAUGAGUGGAAUUACAUUCCAGCCAGUCAUAGGUGAUGAUACAGUCAAUCCAACCAGUGUCACAAGGGUAAUAUUUGUCACUGGUAAGCAUUAUUAUGCUUUAUUGAAACAACGAGAAAAACUUCAAGCUAACAAUGUUGCAAUUGUACGAGUGGAAUCUCUGUGUCCAUUUCCUUCCAUGGAACUCCGACAGGAAGUACAGAAAUACCCAGCUGCAAAAGAAUUUAUUUGGAAUCAAGAAGAACACCAGAACAGUGGAGCUUGGACAUUUGUCAACCCACGUUUUUUGAAUAACGUUGGAGUCAAGUUGGACUACAUUGGUAGAGGACCCCUGGCAGCUCCAGCUACUGGAAUUGGUGCAAUCCACAAGCAAGAAGCACAACAAGUGAUUGAACAACCAUUUCUCUAAUUUUAAUUUAAACUGUACGACAGGUGAUAAUAUUAAAUUUAAUAAACCUUACAUGCAGGAGGAGUAUGUAUAUAUAUAUACUCUUUUUUAACAAACAUCUUCAGGACUAUGAAGGGUACACUAGUACAAAGAUUUAAUGAAGUGAGUUCCAAAAGACGUCAUUACAAUUGUAGACCCUUUUAUAGUUCAUCCUGAAGUAAAAGACAUUGACAAAUUCAGUAUUAAAUGA